AUGUCAACCUGCUCUGAAGCAUCUCCUGAUCUGUCGUCGCAGUCCAAGUACUUACAUUUCUUCGCACGACCAGCCCAUUUUGAUGAGUCCUUGUCUGAAAGAUCUUCACUCUCGGUCACAGAAUCCACAGGAAAGUUAAGUGCUAGAGAAGAACAGAUGGCCUCCCUGAUGACUGUCAGGCCUGCCUUCUCCGUAGAUCAGGACUUUUUGGCAGAGCAAUGGGAGCUGUCCCCUCUAAACCAUCAACGUGGUCUCGCCCUAAGGAGGCAUUCCCAUCAAGGCUACAAAAUCAGUCAGAUGUUCAAGGCCCACGAAACCACCAAAUCCAUCACUCACCUUGUACACCUGAGCAUAGCAUCUGCAAGUCAUGAUCAGGACGACAGCUCCGACAGCGACAGCAGCGAAAGUGAUCGCUCUAUUUCGGAGUUAGGAGACAAUUUGUUACAACUCUCACCCCUCGACGAGAGUCGGCAUGACAAACAGAGGACCCUGCAUCCGGCUGCACAUUUAAAGCUAAACCUUCCAGAGGUUAAGGCGCCACCCAGCAUUUAUAGCUCUGAACAACGCCCCCUCAUGAGAGAAAUAGAUACGCCGAUGGGCGAACAGAUACAGUGGAUGCAUUUCAAGGGUCACCAUCGUGCGAGACAGGACAGAAAGGCUGCUGUAAAUGACAUGUCUCGGAUAGAAGCAUUAGAGAGAUGCAAACUGCCACCCAUUGCGCGAGACAUGUGUAAAUCGGGCCAGGAGAUGUCCGUGUCCUCUUGGUUGUCUCCUGAGUGGUUAGACGGCAGUGGCCGCAGUAGCGGUGAGGUCGCCGGUGGCGGCGGCAUCGGCGUCGAGAGCAGCCGCAUCGAAUCGACAGUCUCCACGGUGGCUGGCAGCACAAGUACCACAGACAGCCAAGUGCUGCAUCAACUAAUUACCGAUUUCAGGGAUGCUGUGGCCGACCUACCCUUUACCAACUUUCUGCGCACCUCGAUUGCCGGGUUACGAGCGGAAGAACCGCAGAUUUGGAUGCACGUCUUCCGCAAUCUCCACUCAAACCUGGGAAGAGAGCUACUAACCGCAAUGAUUGCAGAUUUGAAACGGCCAGAACCAAAGAUAAAAACGCUUCAAAGGUUACAAAAAGCGGUCAUCAGUUGCAUUAGAGCUACCAAGUAG